AUGCCCAUCUAUUCUUAUUAUAAGAAGUAUAGUUUUGAAUUCUGCAAGAUAUUUUCUGGAAACUUUUUCUAUUGUAUCAAAUGUAUUCGUCUGAAUUAUUCCAAAUGCAAUAUUAUAAGUUCUUUUUCUAAGAAGCUUUGCAAUAUUGCUAUCCAACAUCAGAAGUUGGAGGAUAAGAUUAAGAGAAAGGAAACUAAGCUUCUCUGCUUGCAUUAA